AUGGAUUUUGGCACAAUAUUAAUUCAAAACCCUCCUAGUGUUGCUACCUCAAAAAAAAAAAGAAGUUCAGCAAAGAAUAUUGAUCUUCAAGAUGUUGAUAGUCAUAUUAGAAAUAAUAAUAAAAGUGAAACUAAAACUACUACAAGUAAUAGUUCCAAUAACUCUGAAAAAAAGAAGAAAAAAGUAGAAGGAAAAGAAGAACCAGUAUUUUUUUAUAAAAUAACAUCAAUUGUUAAAGAAAUGAAAAAAAAAUUUGAGAAUGAAGAAAAUAAAAAUUUUAAUAUCUUAGAUCUAUCAAAUCAAUUAAAUCUAUGUCUAUCAAAGUGUGAACAAGUAAUAGAAGUUUUAACUAUAUUAAAAGUUAUUAGAAUAGUAGGAUCCUAUUAUUUUGAAUGGGUUGGUGUAAAUCAAAAUCGAGAGUUUGAGCGUUUAUUAAAUGAAGUUUUUUUUUCAGAACAUAACUAUGUAACUGGAGAAAAAGAAUCAAUCUUAUGUGAAAAUUGUAUGAGAUACAGUUCCCAAACUCAAGAUAUAAAAAAAGAUUACUCAAGAUAUGAUAUUUACAAUGUAACCCUUCAAGUACUCAAAUUAUUAUUAAAUGCAAAAAAGAAAAAUUUACCAUUAGCAUUAGAUACUUUGUGCUUUAAUAUGUAUAAAUGUGUUCCUUCCAAUGAUAAAAGUACUUUUAAUAUCUUAAAAGGAUCAAGAUAUAUAAAGCUAUCAGGAGUUGUUUUAAAAGUACUAAAAGCUUUAGGGUUGGUCAAAUAUAUAGACAUAUAUAAAAAUGUUGAUGUUUAUUUAUGGGAAGGAGUUACAAAUACAUGUUGUUAUUAAAUUUAAAACAAAAAACAAAUAAUUUACAUUUUACUGUCAAAAUAGAAAUAAUAAAAAACUAUAUUUCUUCUUAUUUGUUUUAAU